UGUCACUUUUGGACAUUGCUAUCAAAAUCUCUCCGCGACCUAGUCUUCCAGGGCCUAGUAAGUGAAUCAAAAUUAGAUGCAUUCGACAUGCCAUUUUAUGAUCCGAACGAACAAGAACUCAAGGAAGUAAUUCGAAACGAGGGAUCUUUUGAAAUCAAUGGCUUGGAGACUCAUGGAUUCGAUCUUGGUCAUAGUAACUGCGACAAUGGCGAAGAAGAUGACGAUGAAGCAGGAUACAAUGAAUCCAAUUGUAUAAGAGCCGUUACUGAACCAAUGCUCGUUGCUCACUUUGGAGGAGACAUCAUCGAUAUCUUGUUUGAUAAGUAUGCGCAUCAUGUGACUAAGCAUAUGAGCUGCAAAAACAAAACGAGCGUCACUCUUGUUGUCUCGUUGACUAAGACAUAA